AAAAAGGCUAAACGGGCUAAUGUACGUCAAAGUGAUAUGUAGUGCAAGGAGUGCCUUAUUAUUAAUUCUCGCCUGCCUCCUAACCCUCCUCCCGACGAUUUUGAAGUCGCUGCCCUUAGAGAAGCACUGAAUUACGAAUCGGACGAUAAUGGAUCAAAACAUGGCAUACGGCGAGAAUGGUUUUUGAUCCCUGACCAAUAACCCCUUACUGAAUUCCCUAAGUUCGGAAGACUUCCUCCAGAACUUCGCGACAUGGUCUGGCCAGAAGCCCUCGAACGUCGCCAUUUCCGAUUUAGUGAACUCCACUUCCGGGAUCUCAACAUCCUGCUCAAGAACGAGAAGGAGUUUCCACGACCCCCAGCGAUCCUCUGGGCCUGUCGAGCCUCCAGAAUGGUCACCUUCAAGCAUGGGCAUUGGCAUCAAUUUCUUCAACUUAUAUGGGAGAACCGGCACUUAUGGGUGUACAGAGAUAUGCAAACGCUGUAUGUGCCUCGUCCUGACAAACUCAAUGUUGUCUGGUCUCCUGUUGGGCCUCAGGUUCGAGCUAUUGCGACGGACUUGUAUGAGUGGUUCAACUGGUCGCACCAAGCGACUUCGCGUGCGAAUGAGUUCUUCUUUGAGAUGCGACCGGUUAGGGGGGAUGGGAGAGGGGCUGAGUUUGUACUUGCGCCGGCAGAGAUGCCGUCUGAAGAGCAGUAUUCUGCGGGGGAUGAAUCUACCACAUAGUUACCUGGAACAGAGCAGCCUCCUGCAGAGAUCCUACGAACAGACCAACUAGCACGCACGAAGUUGUUCUUAUUCGUCAUGGCCACGGUGGCGGAUCCCGAAAUGCCGGGGAAGUGGUUAAAGACAGCGGCUACCGAGGUUCUCAGCCUUUGUGACCCCAUGGCCAGGAGGAAGUUGGAAUUUGUUGCUCAAAGAUGCAUAAAUGCUGGCGUUGAGCCGCAACUGCAAGACGGUGCACAGGCGUUCAUCAAAAAACUACAGAACGACUGGAAAUACCGCGAGAAGCGAUUAGUUGAGGAGUACUACCUCCGACCUCCGUGGGCGAGUCUCCGACCUAGAUCUUGAUAAAGACGAUGACAAACUAUACAUUGAUAAACAGCUCCCAG